UGUGUUGUCCGGGCAACAACGGCGAAAAGUAUGCUAGCCUAAUGCUAAAGUCGUACAGUAAGGUUUCUUGAACUGAUCAUUGUUAAGCUUUAUUUUACUGAAUACGUUGCAGGUCUUUACUUUCAGUAAUGACGACUAAAUUUGCUCCACCGUUUUUAAAUGUCAGUGAAUAAUGCUGUUUGUGUUUUUGUUCAUCGCAAAUGCUUACCAAAGCUGAUUGAAAGAUUGGCCACGCAAUGGCGUUAAAAAUAAUGUAAAUGCAUUAGUGUUUCCAGGGUUUCGGGUUACGAAUGCAUGUUGUGAUUUCCCUGGACCCCCCCAAAGGAAUGUCCUGCAGGAUGAUGUACAUUCAAACAAAGUUUUUCUCCAACUCUCAUUUAUCUGCCAAACACAUGGGGAGCCCAAACCUGCCCCUGGAUGCCUUCAUUAAAACCUGAAUUCUCCCUCCAAGAAACUCUUCAGUAUUCCCCUUUGCCAUGCGUAUCAGUUUGUGCCAGGGUCUGUUAACGGGUGCCAUCAUCCUCAACCUCCUCAUACUUUAUUACGUGUCUCGAGCCCAGCAGCAGAUGAUGGAGAAAAGGAAGGAGCUCGGAAGGGGCUCGAGGAGAACUGUCCGGCCGGCUUCCCCUUUCGGGGGAGCCUUAGGGGUUAUUGGAGGUGAGCACGGAGGAAUGGCAGCAGAGGGCCACGGCCGAAGCCCACGAGUCACCGUUCUUCUUCGGGAGUUCGAAUUCUUUGAGAAUUUUGUUGGGGAUGUGGCUAAUUCCUUCCUCCGUCAACGUCCAGAGCUUCCCUUCCUGGCCGUGGCCGACACGUUUCCGUAUCCUCCCCUCGUGCUUCCGGACGGCGCCCGGCUUCUGGUGCUCUCUCCCAGCCCCGACCAGCCGCCGCACGCCCACAGGCCGGAGUUUCACGUGCAGACGGAGUUCGUGCUGUUGGUGCCCGACGGCGUGGAGCUGGAGCAGCCAAGGGUCUUUGAGAGACUCAUCAAAGAGUUGGAAGGGGAAGGCGGGGGGCCUGUGAGGCUGGUAGCCGUGCCCGUGUUGGCGCGGUCCGCCGUGCAGUGUCUCCACCUGCGGGUGAACCUCAAGGAGUGGACCGCCACCUACUCGCCGGCCGCCUCGGGGAGCAGUGGGAGUGUGUGUACAGCUUUGCAAGGCGACGCCGUAGUCCUGAUUCGCACCGAAGACCUUUUCAACCUGUCUGUCCCUUUGGGGCGUCCCCUCUUCCCUGCCCUUUUCGUUCAGACCACCUUGAGGGGCUGGAAGGUGAAGUUACUGGAGAGCCCGUGUUUCUCGGCAAACCACCGACCGCUUUUCAGCUCCGCUCACAACCAGUGGAAGGCUGACACCCGACUGAAGGAGGCCACGGGGAAGCUCAUGAGGAGCUUCGGUCUGAAGCGUCUCCUGCUCCCCGAGGGGAAGGAACAGUGGUUCGGCUGCUCCAAAGAGACUCCCCGCUGCUUUGGCACCGUGCAGGACGAUACGCCAGACUACCUGUACCUGGAUCGCUGGACACCUCCGUGCUGUCUGCGAGCCCUGAGGGAAACCACCAAAUACGUCAUCAAUGUCCUGGAGAGCUCCGGCGUGCGUUACUGGCUGGAAGGAGGUUCUCUUCUCGGUGCCGUCCGCCACCAAGACAUCAUCCCAUGGGACUACGACGUGGACCUGGGGAUCUACCUGGAGGACGUGCCCAACUGCGACCACCUGAAGAGCCUGGACUCGGGCUCCCUGGUAGACGCUAACGGCUACGUGUGGGAGCGGGCGGUGGAGGGAGACUUCUACCGGGUGCAGUACAGCGAGGCCAACCACCUGCACGUGGACCUGUGGCCUUUCUACCCGCGCAACGGCGUCAUGACAAAAGACACGUGGACGGAGCACAAGCAAGACGUGGAGUUCCCCGAACACUUCCUGCAGCCGCUGGUGCCCAUGCCCUUCGCUGGCAUCACGGCCUACGGCCCCAACAACCAAAGGGCCUUCCUGGAGCUGAAGUUCGGGGAGGGGGUGAUUGAGAAUCCCCAGUACCCCAACCCCAUGAAAAAAAGGCUGGACAGAAGCAAAUUAUGAUCCGCAGCAGUGGUUCUCAGUUCCUUUUUUAUAUUGCACUGUAUUUAUUUACUGAAAAAAAAAAAGAUACCUCAUGUUCUGUCUGAAAGAUGUAAGAGCACUACACGUCGCUAACACGGUUUCAGUUUUAUUACAUACUAGCUGCCAACAUGAUAUUUAAAGCUGCUCUUAUUUUUUCUAAUACGUGUUCAAAUGUAAAGACUACUAGUGUAAUGACAUUAUGCCCCACCUUAAACAAUCAACCACGUUUGCUAUAGUUGACUGAAUGUAUUGUAGAGUAUAAAUAUUACCGCUGUGAAGGUGAGUUAUUUAAAAUUCUGAAUGUGUUUUGGGUUUAAUGUUGUGACUUUCAGCAGGUUUUAGCUUUCCUUUUCUCUUCAUUGUCCCCUUCUUGUGUCCUCUCUUUCCUUCUUUCCUUGUAUCUUUCUUUCCUUACCUCUUUCAGUCUUUCCUUUUUUUCCAUCCCUAUGUUAUUCCUCGCUGUUUCUUUGUGUCUUACCUGCCUCACAGUAUUGCUCGGUUGCUUCCUUCCACUCUUUGGUAUUUGGAACCUUGUUUCAAGGUGCUUUACUCAGGUUCCAAAAAUAUGACUUUGCAAUACUAUUGGGAUACUGAUUACCCUGGAUUUUUCCUCGCUAACCCCUCUUCACCAAGUGUUGCAUCCAAUCAGUCCUUUGAGAUUGCAAUAUUGCACACACAAUUUUUUUCUGAUGAUGGUGUUGUUAAUUUUGUUGGCUUGUCUCACGGUGACCACUCCUGUUUUCGGUCUUGCAUGUCCUAUAAAUGAUUGUCAGAGCAGAUCGAUGCAAUUUAGGUCCAAAAAGCUCCCUGAAAGACGAGGAAACAAUGCACCUCUGUUCACAGAUGUUUCAAAGGCAUGACUGCCACAUAGCAGAUCAAGAACCAGCAGACUGAAAUAGUCACAAAGCCUCCACAGCCAAAUUAUUUUUAACGUAAGAAGAUAUGCAGUUUCUAUCAUUUUGCAUCUCUCUGUUGUCCUAUUGGGUUUUUUGUGUGUGUGUGUGUGUGUGUGUGUGUGUGUGUGUCUCCUGUAAGUCAUUACUUGUUUAUUUACUGGUCAAUUUACAUUUUUCGUAACAGUUUUGCUUAAUUUCAGUUUUGCCCGGUUUUAUUGUUGUUCAGUGCACGGUUAUUUCAACUUUAUUUCAUCCAAAUGCUGCUCGACUAUCUUAUAUUCAGAACAUCAUCCAUUUAGAGUAUAAAACCAUUACCAUUUCAAA